UCUUCAUCUUAUUCACAUUACCACUUCGAAUCUCCUACCCUAAUUUUCCCGCAGCAACAAUUCUAGCAGCUUCGCAGACAUGGCUCAAAAACCCAGAUGGGGAGAAUUGGAGGAAGAAGAUGAUGGCGGUGACUAUGACUAUUUGUUGCCGCCGAAACAGGUUAUUGGACCCGACGAACACGGCUUGAAGAAGAUUAUUGAGUACAAAUUCAACGACGAAGGUAAUCGGGUUAAGAUUACCACCACCACACGCGUCCGUAAACUCGCCAAUGCUCGGCUCAGCAAGCGCGCCGUGGAGAGGCGUUCUUGGCCCAAGUUCGGUGAUGCCGUUCAAGAGGACGUCGGCGCCAGACUCACCAUGGUUUCAACCGAGGAAAUCAUCUUUGAGCGACCUAGGGCUCCAGGUACAAAAGCUGAAGACUCAAAUGCAUCUGGAGACCCAUUAGCCCAAAUGUCGAAAGGAGGAGCUGUAUUGAUGGUAUGCAGGACAUGUGGGAAGAAAGGAGACCAUUGGACCUCAAAGUGCCCUUACAAGGACUUGGCUCAGCCUACUGAGUCCUUCUCUGAGAACCCAAACCCUUCAGACUCAUCAGCCACAGGUGCAACCGGUGCAACCAAGGGUGCAUAUGUCCCACCCACGAUGCGUGCAGGUGCGGUUCGAACCACUGCUGGUGCAGACAUGAGGCGGAGGAAUGAUGAGAACUCGGUUCGGGUCAAUAACCUUUCAGAGGACACCCGUGAGCCUGAUUUGCUGGAGCUGUUCAGACCUUUUGGGAAUGUUUCUAGGGUUUAUGUGGCUAUGGAUCAGAAGACUGGAAUGAGCAGAGGGUUUGGGUUUGUUAAUUUUGUCAGGAGGGAAGAGGGGGAAAGAGCUAUUGCUAAGCUUAAUGGUUAUGGUUAUGAUAACCUUAUAUUGAGUGUUGAGUGGGCUGCUCCCAGGGCAAAUUAGUCUUUUUUGAUUUUCGUGAAUUUACAUUUGCGUUUCUUCUUUAAAAUUUCCUACCUACAUUGUUUGUAAGCAAGAUUUUUGGGAGUUAUUGCUCAUGUUUUGAUGUGCAUUAAAACUUGUGAUAAGAUAGUAGACUUUUUAUUUGAGUUGUUUAUUUAAUCAAAGUCCUUAAAACAUUUGACA